AUUACUCUUACAUUUAUUCUGAGUUUUCCAAUCAAUAAUCCACUCUUCAUGCAUUAUGAUUUCGAUCUAUCUCUUCGUUCACCCUCAAACCGCCUCGAACCACAUCUAUAAAUAUCGGCCCUCACUUCCCUUCACAUCGCAUCUGAAACGAUUUACUCAAACAUACGAUCUCCUAGAAGCAACAUAUUCAGAUGGCGAAUUCAUACACACUCUGCUUGCGAAUUUGAGAGCCGGCCGAUGCUCUAAUACUGCUGAGGUCCGCUUGCUGAGGUUCUGGGAGGCCAGAAAUAUCAACAAAGGAGGGGAGCUAAUGAGUAUUGAGAUGCUGCUCAUCGAUGAGACUGAUACCCUGGUUCAAGGGUGUGUUCCUGCUGUUCACCAACGUAAGUUCAGGGAACGUCUUACUGAAGGAUCAGUUUACACUCUCAGCCGGUUUGACGUUACACGCAGCAACCCCAAAUUCAAGUUGACUGAUGGCCCUGUCUCCAUCCGUUUCAAUGAAGGAACUGAUUUUGAGAAGCUAGCUGCCACUGCUAGAACCAUACCUACAGAAUAUUUUCGCUUCCGACCACAUGAACAGAUUCUUGAGUUAGCAAACACCUCCAGACAGCUCCCAGAUGUUAUUGGGGAGGUUCGUGCAAUUAGGAGCACCAUCACCGACCGUAUACCCUGGGCACAAUGCGUGAUUCUUACUCUUCGUGUGGAGAGUGAUGUAAAUGUUUGUGUAAGUCUGUUUGAUUCCUUAGCUAUUGCAUUCCACACCAAGUUGGAUGGAUACGGGCGGGAGCCACGGAUUGUCCUUAUCACCGGAAUCAAUCCUAAAAUAGUCUUGGGCAAGUUAUACUUGAAUGGAACAUCCGCUUCAAGGAUUUUCUUUGACUCUGAGACCUCAGCUGGAAAGGAUCGGCUUGAAAGGCGAGGCCUUUGCUUUAUAAUCUACACUAGAUAUUUUGGUUCCCUGUAUUCUAUUCUUUUUGAUGCCUUUUCAGUAUCAUCUUCUUACAGACUACCAGGUGGUGGAGCAGACGAGACAGGGUCUUCAUCAAAGGUGGUUCAUGCACAAAAGAUUGAGCCUCUCACUGUCGCUGAGCUUAACGAGUUUGUUCUCUCUGGUGAUCCUCAGAUCAUCGAAUUCCUUUGUACGGCUAAAGUAACUGGGAUUCAGCUUGACGAUGGUUGGUGCUAUAUUGGCUGCUCUCUAUGUUCGAAGAAACUCAUCCGUGAGGAGUCUUCAUUCACCUGUCCCUCAUGCAAUGAAACCAAUGCUGUUGCUGAACUGAAGUAUCGGAUUGUGGGGAUUGGUAUUAGUGCUCAUGUUGACACUGAGCUUCCUCGAACUCUCACUGGCAUUGUUGGUCACACCUACACUUUCCAGCUCAAGCUAACAGACUUCAAUUUCACUGCAAACCACCAGACCUUCACCAUUUCACGCAUGUUUACUGCACCAGAGAUAGCUCCCACCCCAAGCUUUGCUGAAGCCGAAGAGGUCCCUCAUCCGGCAGUCUCUCAGACUAUGACACGAGGAUCUGCAGCCAAUGGUGCAAUAAAAAGCAAUGUUGCAGUAAACGCCAGUACAUCUAAUGGUCCAAUUGGCGGCCGUGAGGCAGCAGAAGAGGAACAGGUUGCUCUGGAAGAGAGUGCCCGUAAGAAGGCACGUGUGGAAUGAGACAUUUCCUAUAGCUUGACAACCACGUUUCUCUUUUAUCAGUUUAUGAUCUCCAGUUUGAACUUUGCUUUUGUUUAUUUGCUUUUUUAUCCAAAACAAUGUCUCAGUGGUUGUUGGUUUUCAUUUUUAUCUAUGCAAUUUUUUUUUACGAUAACAAUUUGCAGGUCUUUUCUCUAUACAUACAAUAUAAGAUGAAGCUUUUGCCUCUU